AUGUUGCCUCUGACCACCAGCCAAAUACUAUCUGAUGAAGAGAUUGAGAACAUCAUCUGGUCCUCCCACAAAAGGCUUGCAACUGUGGUGCCAGGGAAAGAGGGACAUCCAGCGACCAUCACGGGUGGCUGUCGGAGCCCAGAAUCACUGUGUAUGGAGCCCAGAAUCACUGUGAACUUUGAGAUUUUUGGGGAAGGUGCCUGUAAUAUGUCCCUGAUGUGCUCUGUAGAGAAAGAAGGCAUGGAUGUGACCUACAGCUGGCUCUCCUGGGGGGACAGUGCUGAUACUGCCUAUGAAGGCGUUGUCCUCAGCACAUACUGGAGGCCUGGGGACAAUGCCCUCUCCUACACCUGCAGGGCCAGCAACCCCAUCAGCAACAUCCCAUCCCUGCUGUUCCCUUCUGUGCAGAUCCUGGCUAUCCUGAGAAAAAGAUGCAAAAUGUCAAGGAUGAAGAAACUCAGGAGAAACAAAAUGAAACUGAGGAAGAAGGGGAAGCCUGGCUCCAGCCCAGCCUGA